GUCUGCCUCUCUGCCCACUGGAGUGGAACCUCGCGCUAUGGGUACCGCUGCCCCGAAUGCCGCCAUCCCUGCAGCCGGGAGAGGAUGAUCCCGGACACUCGGCUGCGGAGCCUGGUGGAAAAAAUUGGACAGUUGCCUGUAAAGGAGGUGGUUGAGGAGGAACUGGAGAUACUGGAGCCAGGAAAGCCAGUGCAGCUGGUGGGCUUGGAUGAUGAUGGAGAUCUCUGCCUGGAUGAGGAAGCCUUGAGCCGCUGCUUGGAGCAGGGGCAGGUGAAGGACGCCCCUGUCUGCCUGGUCUCCAUUCUUGGGGAGCAACGGCGAGGAAAAUCCUUCCUGCUGAACUUUCUCCUACGGCGGCUUCAGAACCUGGAGGCUGAGGACGAAUCAUGGAUGGGUCAAGAAAAUGAAGCACUGACGGGUUUUGAAUGGCGACCAGGACCUAACACCACCACCAAGGGUGUGUGGAUAUGGAGUCGGCCAUUUUGGGUCCAGAGUGAACAUGAAAAGAUUGCCAUGUUCUUGGUGGACACAGAGGGGUCGAUGGAUGUGGAAAGAAACGUUGAAGAUGGUGUCAAGCUCUCAGCUUUCUCCAUGCUGCUCAGCUCCUAUCAGAUACUCAAUUUGGCCACCAUGAUGAAGGACCCAGAUCUGGAAUACCUGGAGAUGUUCAUGUAUGUAGCUGAGACGGUAGGAGGCUCCUGCAGAUUAAAGCCCUUUCAGCAUCUUGAUGUCCUGGUGCGUGACUGGUUCUUCCCACCUGUCUUUGGAUUCCAGGAGGGGCAGAAUUACCUCCAAAGUACCAUACAGAAACUGGAUCCCAAAAGGCACCCACGGGCCCUGGAGGCCCUCAGGAGCACCAGCACCCGCUGCUACCUGAUGCCCUUCCCUGGCAAGAGGCUGGUGGUGGGAACUGAGGGCACACUUGCAGACAUGGAUAAGGAUUUUAGGGAUUGCCUGAAGGCUUAUGGGAACGACAUAGCCAGAACAGCUGUAACGCAUGUAAAGAGUGACCAGGAGGGAAGAGCCCUUACAGGGGCACAACUUGCAGCCAAGGUGAAGAAUUUCUCCUCUCUGAUGAAGAAAUAUAAGUUUGGCUUCUCUUCAGUCACUCAGAUGGCGAUCACCUUACACAAUCUGGACACCCAGGAAAAACUGCGGCAGGAGUUUGCAGAUUUCAUCAGAGAGCAGGACGAGCUCUGUCGUCCCAUGAUUGCUGGCCUGCAAGUGACUCCCAAGUCCAUGACGCGGCGCCUUCUGGGCAAGCAGUGGGAAUUAAUGCGGCGGUGUGAGGAGUCUCUGCAGGGUGAUGAGCCGGGCCGGACAGAGUCCAUCUUGUCACUGGAAGACCACCUGAAGCACGAAGCUCAAAUUUUUAAGGAGCGCUACCACCGUCGCUACAAGUCCCAUGCCCUCAAAGCUGGGAUGGCAAUUGGCGUGGGUGCUGUGGGGUUAGCUGGCGGGGCCAUUGGGGCCGGCGUGGCAGCUGCUGUGUUGGCCGCAGAAGCCAUUGCGCUGAGCGCUGGCACUGCCGCUACGUUUGCCAUUGGGACCAUGGCUGGCGCAGGCACCUUUGCGGUCAUUGGCGGUGGGGUGGGGGCUGGGGUAGGGAGCAGCAUCGGGGAGAGGAGGACCCAGGAGGCCAAGAAUGUGAGUGAAGACGACCCUGAAGGUGAAGAGGAGACCAGCCUCUCAGACAAAAGGUGCCUCAUUGGGCCACGGAACUCACCUUAGGGUUGACAAAGAGGCAGUCCUGUGACCUACAGCUUCCGCUGCAAACAAGUGGCAGAUCACUGUAGCCUGCACACCUCUCCUUUUCUCAUUCAGGCAUAUCUCCAAGGGUGUGGAUCGCAGCAGGGGAAUGGAUCUUACACACUGUCCUGUAAAACACAUUAAGAAUUGUUCUCCCUCUCCCUCUCGUGGCUGGUUAAGGGAUAGCAAAAUAGCAUGCCCUUAAUGUUCAUCAACAUGGAGAGGUGACACACUAGUGAUGACUUGAGGCCUAGUAAUGCGGCCUUCUGAUGCUAGGGUGAUUGCAUUCUCUCUAGUGGUAGGUAAGGGAGCAGUGCUUCCUUCUGUGUCCAUUUCCAGCUUUCUUCAGUGCCCAGGACAGGUAAUGCAGAACAGGGGGCCUCUGGAUUAUCAUGGACCCUUUUGCAGGUUACUUUUGCCCCCAACACCUAUGCUGAGAUAAUAAGCAGAGUGGAGGGGACGGGGAAAUCGGACCCUUCCUAUUUUUUCCUUGGCCUAUCUGUAGCACCAGCAACACAAGCUAGGGAGCAGCCUGGUGGCAUCCUAGAAGGGCAUCCUGGGAGAAACAUUACUGCCACCUCUUUAAAGAGGUACAUAUUGAAAAGUGAGCCCUCACUUUAGCCUCUAGUGUGAAGUCAGGGAAUGGAAAGAAGUUAUUUUCUUCUUGAUGUAGUUAAGCUGCACCCUCUCCCUGCAAUUUAUUUCAGGAGGUCAAAACCUUUCAGCUGUUACCAUGUUCAUGGGGGGUUAAUCAGUUUCAGCACCCUGCUGAUUCAGUCUCUCAGGUAUGCAAUGUCAGGUGAGUGAGGGAUGCAGUUCCCGAUUCUAUUGAACAGCAAAGGCUGCUGGGAAAUUUGCACUUGUUCAUGGGAAUAAAGCCUCUGUCAUUAUCCUCAGGGAAACCUUCCCACUGAUUCUCCAUAGUGUAUUCUGAAGUGCCUAGAAACUUGAUGUUCUGACGUAACACGUUUUAGGAAAGCAAAUUCAUUGUCAGAAAUACUCUAUAUUCCCGGCAUUAUAUCCAAGUGCCUUGGCUUUGGGGGCUGCUUAUUACUUGUCCCUGCCCACCCAGCCUCUCUUGGCUCUUGUUUCAGGAAAUACAUUUAUUUAUUUUACCUGG